AUGCUGGGCCUGGACGCAUGUGAGCUGGGGGCGCAGCUGCUGGAGCUGCUCCGGCUGGCGCUGUGCGCCCGAGUCCUCCUGACUGACAAGGAGGGGAGACAGCUGCCCCCUGACGAGGCACUGGAUGAGACUGUGCCUGAGUACCGGGCCCCAGGGAGGAGGAGCCUCCAGGAGAUCCAGCAGCUGGACCCGGAUGAUGAGAGCCUGGCCAAGUACAAGCAGGCACUGCUGGGGCCCCUGCCCCCCGUCAUGGACCUGAGCCUGCCCAAUGUGCAGGUGACCAGGCUGACGCUGAUGUCUGAGCAGGCUCCAGGGCCCAUCACCAUGGACCUCACAGGGGAGCUGGCCGAGCUGAAAAACCAGGUGUUUGUCCUGAAGGAGGGUGUUGAUUACAAAGUGAAGAUUACCUUCAAGGUCAAUAAGGAGAUCGUCAGUGGCCUCAAGUGUCUGCAUCACACCUACCGCCAGGGCCUGCGUGUGGACAAGGCCGUGUACAUGGUGGGCAGUUACGGCCCAAGCGCCCAGGAGUAUGAGUUUGUGACCCCGGUGGAGGAAGUGCCUCGAGGAGUGUUGGUGCGGGGUGCUUAUGUGGUCACGUCCUUUUUCACGGAUGACGACAGGACAGACCACCUGUCCUGGGAGUGGGGCCUCCACAUCUGCCAAGACUGGAAGAGCUGAACGCCUCCCACCCCAGGGGCUGUCCUCCCACUCGGGGUCCUGCUUUUCCCUGCCCCUCAGUCACUGAUCACACCCCCCACACCCUCUGCUCCGUCCUGGGACGCCCCCUCCCUGGGCUGGCACUGUG